AUGGGGGGCAUGAGCCAUGCCAUCCUCAGUGGGUUGAGUCCCCUGUCCCACCACUUACUACUCUGCACUGAGUUUCCAGCUGUGUUCCCAGAGUCCUGGAACCUGGACUAUAGGGGCUACCCAAGUGAUAAAGCGCCGCGCUCCGAGCGCCGAGCGCAGUGGCCGCCGCCGACGGCCCGCUUUCGGCUGUUGCUCGGGCAGCGACGGGCCGUGCGCCCCCAGCUCCCCGCGCCGCAGCCGCUCCAGCGUCGGCGCUGUCCGCCCCCCGCCCACCCCCGGCCCCCUGAGCUCGGCGUGAAGCCCUGGCCCCGGAGGCCGGGGCAUGGGCCAGGGGCGCGGGGCAAGCCGGCUUCCCGCGGGGCCGUGAGCUGCAGCGGCUUCAGCAUGAAGACCCUCAUAGCCGCCUACUCCGGGGUCCUGCGAGGCACUGGCUCCAGCAUCCUCUCCGCCCUCCAGGACCUCUUCUCCAUCACUUGGCUCAACAGAUCCAAGGUGGAAAAGCAGCUGCAGGUCAUCUCGGUGCUACAAUGGGUCCUGUCCUUCCUCGUGCUUGGAGUGGCCUGCAGCGCCAUCCUCAUGUACACAUUCUGCACCGACUGCUGGCUCAUCGCCGUGCUGUACUUCACCUGGCUGGUGUUUGACUGGAACACGCCCAAGAAAGGUGGCAGGAGGUCACAGUGGGUCCGAAACUGGGCUGUGUGGCGCUACUUUCGAGAUUACUUUCCCAUCCAGCUGGUGAAGACGCACAACUUGCUGACCACCAGGAACUACAUCUUCGGGUACCACCCGCACGGCAUCAUGGGCCUGGGUGCCUUCUGUAACUUCAGCACCGAGGCCACAGAAGUGAGCAAGAAGUUCCCCGGCAUAAGGCCCUACCUGGCCACACUGGCCGGCAACUUCCGGAUGCCCGUGCUGAGGGAAUACCUAAUGUCUGGAGGCAUCUGCCCUGUCAACAGGGACACCAUAGACUACUUGCUUUCAAAGAACGGGAGUGGCAAUGCCAUCAUCAUCGUGGUCGGGGGCGCAGCCGAGUCCCUGAGCUCCAUGCCUGGCAAGAAUGCGGUCACCCUACGCAAUCGCAAGGGCUUUGUAAAACUGGCCCUACGCCACGGAGCUGACCUUGUUCCCACCUACUCCUUCGGGGAGAAUGAAGUCUACAAGCAGGUGAUCUUUGAGGAGGGCUCUUGGGGCCGAUGGGUCCAGAAGAAGUUCCAGAAGUACAUUGGCUUUGCCCCGUGCAUCUUCCAUGGCCGAGGCCUCUUCUCCUCUGACACAUGGGGGCUGGUGCCCUACUCCAAACCCAUCACCACCGUUGUGGGUGAGCCCAUCACCAUCCCCAAGCUGGAGCACCCGACCCAGCAGGACAUAGACCUGUACCACACCAUGUACAUGGAGGCCCUGGUGAACCUCUUCAACAAGCACAAGACCAAGUUCGGCCUCCCGGAGACCGAGGUUCUCGAGGUGAACUGAGCCCACCAGCAGGAGUCAGCUCCUGGGAGAAAUCAGCUACAAAUCCUUUUCUACCAAGUUCUCGAAUGCUUUUUUGUUCUGUAAAUUUGGAAGCGUCAUGGGUGUCUGUGGGUUAUUUAAAAGAAAUUAUAAUAAUUUUGUUAAACCA